AUGCUUCCCAAGGCAAUUGAAACAAAGUCCAUCACGUUUGACUGUUUCAAGUCGUUUGUUUUUAUCCGUAACUACAAUGCAAUCGUUAUGUGCGGCGUCACCGGACAGUUUGGCGUGAAGAUAUUGGAAAUUCUGAACCACACCAAGGUGUAUAUUGUUGUCUACAGCGGCGAUAAAAGCGUCUUCAAAACUCGAGUUUCGUUUGAGGAAACGUAUCUUCAGGAUGCAGCACACGUGGAAAGAUUACGUCAAGCCGGUGAUCUGUUAUUCAAGCAAGUGCCAAUGUUAGAAAUUGACGGCAUGAAAUUGGUACAAACCAACGCUAUUAUUCGAUAUAUUGCCAGAAAAUACGACAUGUAUGGUAAAACACUGGAACAGAAAACAAGGAUCGAUGUGCUAUAUGAUGGUGCACGUGAUUUUAUAAUGAAGUUUGUGUAUAUUGGAUUUAAAAAAGGCAUAGAGGACGAUAGCAAGGAUGUAAAAGCAAAUGCCGUACCCAGAUAUCUUACAGUGUUUGAAAAGGAAUUGUCUGAGACUUCAUCUGGUUAUUUUGUUGGGGAUCAUCUUUCCAUGGCCGAUUUGGCUGUUCUGGAAUCUUUGCUUUAUUGCGAUGAUUAUUUCCCUGCUGUUCUUGAAGAUUAUCCAAAACUGAAGGAAUUCAAAGACAGACUGUCGUCAUUACCACGGAUCAAGGCAUUCCUGAAUGGCCCACAAAGAAAAAAAAAGACAACAGAAGAAUUUAUUCUGCACUGCAGUAAAGUAUGGGGCUGGAUUUAA